UAGUCGCGUUGGUGCGAUGACCGCGUGGCGAUUGGUUUGAAUUGGUGAUAGUGGUGGCUACGAUCACGACCGCAGCGACGUUCACAGCGUGUAUUAAUUUAGUCUAGACGCGAUCUCCAAAAGGUGAUAACCCCUCGUUGACUGUUUACACAUGCACUUGAAAAGUUGUAACGGUACUCCUUGAAUUCAAUCAAAUAAAUUGGAUCAAUUACACGCGUGUAAUCGUAAUACAUGUACUUGCACGCCUCAUCGUGAAGAUGGACUUCCAGGACAUUGUCUACCUUAGCCUGCUCAUUUUCAGUGUGAUCUUUGGACAUUUCUACCGACAAAUCGAAGAUCUCCAGCAACGAAAGCGCAUAGGAACGAUAAUUGGCAUCCUGAUUGUUCUAGUUGUUUCUGGUUUUCACAUCAUUCAUAACCUGGUGUUCUUUUUGAUCAAUGCGGCGAUUAUUUUAUAUUGGGACAAAAGGCAAUGUCACCUUGUGUCAAUUGUGUUCUCCUUUGCCUAUCUUUUGUUCUUCCGGACAACAGAGUACUUUGGGAUUCCAUAUCCUCCCAGUCAUACAAACUUGGUGCAGAUGAUGCUUACUCUGCGUAUAGUGGCAGUUGCUUUUGAUUUAAACACAGCAUUCACUAACAAAAAGAAGAAAGAAAAAGGCGACUGCAGUGAGGAAGAGAGGGCUGAGAUUGACUAUGAUGACUUCUCAGUGGAUGUGUUUGAGCUCUUCCACUACAGUUUUAAUUACAUUGGUGUGCUGACAGGCCCAUUCAUCAAGUACAGGACUUUCAGGGACUAUUACAGUAAACCUUUUAGUAAAUAUGCGCCGUACAAGCAGGCGUUGCUGGGGAAAUUGCAGUGGGUGCCAUUGUAUGCUGUACUUCAUUUGCUUGCAACAUACUACUAUCCGUUUUCUUAUGCAAAAACGGAUGAGUUUUUCUUUGAACGCUCAGUCUUUUAUCGUCUCAUGUAUAUUUGGCCUGUCUUCUUUGCGUUUCGGAUGAGGCUUUUCAUUGGGUUCGCUUUGUCUGAAUGCGCUUGCAUUAUGGCUGGCCUGGGCGCAUAUCCAGCAAUCACUGAACCCAAAAGUGGCGGCGGUCCAUCGAAGAACUUUAAAACAUUGCUUGAACUGAGUAAAAAUACGAAGCAAUGCGCAACAACAGAGAUGAACUUCGUCGCUGUGGAUGCCGUGGAUGUUUGGGGAACCGAAUUUGAACCAACAUUCAAAGGUGGCAUGAGGGCGUGGAAUACCGGCGUGCAGUAUUGGCUUGCUCUGUGUAUCUACAAGCGAUGCCCCUAUAAGAAGUAUCGCGCGUUUAUCACGAUGGGCAUUUCGGCCAUGUGGCAUGGUAUUUGCAUUGGACACUAUAUCUGCUUGGGAUGUGCUCCAUUUGUAUUACCAAUUGAUGCAGUUUGGACUAAGAUCUUGCUCAAGGAUCGCACUGGAACGGUUCGUUAUAUUAAUGAAUGGAUAAUGCUCGUGAUCUCUCGGUUCUUCUUCUCGUACCUGGCUAUUGCCUUCUACUACUUGAAUGUUGAUUGGGUGAUGUAUUAUUACAAUUCAAUUUACCACAUGGGCAUCAUCAUUGGAUUGGUGAUGUACUUUGGUGGACUACAAAUAUUGCGGUUUAUGGGCCCAAAGCGUGAUAGUGGUGCCGUAAAAACUGUGCCAACUGAGCGAACGAAAGCCGAUUAAUAAUCAAGUUUAUUUCCUCCUUUUUUUUUUAGCAAAAUAUGCAUGCAUGUCAAAAUAUAUAUUCGUAUAUAGUACCAAAUAGAAGUGCAUAUUUUUGAUGAUGUUGAAUUGUGGUAAUAGUUUACUGAUAUAAAUUGUGUUGGAUAAAUAAGUCUGGUUGCAUAAAUUGUGUUGGGAUAUCA